CUGGGAUAUGCAGUCUUUGCGUGCGAAAACCGAUAGGCCGCUAUACACGGAGUUGUCCGCGUGCAAAGCGUUUGCAACUGGGGCUGUCUAACGAACGUGUGAGUGUCGAGGGGAGAAGUUUACGGGUGCAGCCGCCAGUACCAGUUUGCUCAGGUGUACGCGUCUUGCUGAAGUCCGUGCAUGGCACGCUUUGAAAAUGGCCUCCCCUUACUUUUUUCGCAAGAGCAUGACCGAAAUGAGCAGAAUGAAAGAGACUAAAAUUCGGGACUCCACCUCAUCAACAUUAAAAACUAGAUCGGCGAAAGUUCACAAGUGCUCCGGACCUGCUGUGCAGGUGAAACAGGAACGUGAGGACCAGUGCAUCUCAGUACCUGAGCCGAACCGGCCGGGAUCCGAAACUGCCAGCAAUCCGGACCAGCGCAAACCAGCAGACGGAGAGCCGCCCCGGGAGAGACGCAGGCGGCCCGUGAAGGUGGAGUAUGAGGAGCCCAAGAGGGAGCCCAAGAAGGAGCCCAAGAGGGAGCCCAAGAAGGAGCCCAAGAGGGAGCCGUGGGAGCCGGCAGACUGGAGGAGGCAACUGGAGAACAUAAGGCAAAUGCGGAGCGCCCGCAAUGCCCCCGUGGACAGCAUGGGGGCAGCACGCUGUGUGGACCCCCAGGCCCCUCCUGAGGUCAUGAGAUACCAGGUGCUCGUCUCCCUCAUGUUGUCCAGCCAGACCAAGGACCAGGUGACAGCCGCAGCCAUGGAGAGGCUGCGAAGACACGGCCUGACCGUGGACAGCGUCCUGGAGACAGAUGACGAGACGCUGGGGCGGCUCAUCUAUCCCGUGGGCUUCUGGAGGACUAAGGUGAAGUAUUUGAAGCAGACGGCAGCCAUCCUGCGGGGAGAGUACAGCAGCGACAUCCCCGGCAGCUUUGAGGGGCUACUGCGCCUCCCCGGAGUCGGGCCCAAGAUGGCGCACCUGGCAAUGGACAUCGCCUGGAGGCAGGUCUCUGGAAUCGGGGUGGACACGCAUGUACAUCGUAUUUCCAAUCGCCUCGGCUGGACGAGGACUGGGACCAAAUCCCCUGAGGACACCAGGAAGGCGCUGGAGGACUGGCUCCCAAGGCAGUUGUGGAGCGAGGUUAACUGGCUGCUAGUGGGCUUCGGACAGCAGCUCUGCCUGCCGACAAACCCGCUCUGCUCCCUCUGCCUGAACCAGCAUAGCUGUCCCUCUGCACACUGCACCUCCCCAGGCAGGAAGCCCCUGCCCCACAUCCUCAAGCCUCCUGACCAGAGCAAGGUGAACGUGGAGUCGCCCCCACCCACUGACGGCAUGAAGCCUGAAGGGCCUGCCUCCCCCAUGGGCUCCCCCACGAGCUCCCCUGGGCUGCGACGGGGCAGUAGAGGCUCACAAGCCUCUGCGACGGGGCAGUAGAGGCUCACCAGCCGCUGCAACGGGGCAGUAGAGGCACACCAGCCGCUGGUAAAGCAGAGCCUGAUCUCCCCUGAGCUCAGGUCGCCAUAUCCCUACUUUCCAAACGAGGGACAAGGUCGCUUAAGUGGUCUGGGAUCUGGGAUCAGACUGACAUACGUUUCCCAUGAACUGCGGCCGGCGGACGACCCCCGGUGACCUCCUGUGACACACUGCUUACCGAUGCCCUCCAGGUGUCACGAUUGGGUCAGUUACGCUAAAACUGGAGAUGAUCUCACAGCCCUGAGUGUUGGGCCUCUAGCUCAGUACAGCCUGACCUAACCCUCAGCCACAUUUCUACUGUUUUUCAGCUGAAAUAAAUUAUUUUUUUACUCAGCA